CCAGAGCCGAGCCCUGCAGGCGGAGCGGCGGGAGCGGCGCCCUUGGCCGCGUGGGCGGGGAUGCCGCUCGCCCAUUCGCCUCCUCCUCCUCCUCCUCUUCCUUCGUGGCCACUCCUCCUCCUCCUCCUCCUCGCCACUCGCCGCCUGCCGUGAAUGGGCUUCCUUCCCCACUCGCCUUUCCAUCCCGGAGCAGGACGGGCGGCGCUUCUUCCAUGGGGUGUUGAAAAAAUUCAAGGUUUGGAAGUUUGAAUGGAAAAAGCAUGAAGAGCUUGAAAGCAAAGUUCAGGAAAAGUGAUGCAAAUGAGUGGAACAAGAAUGAUGACCGCUUGCUCCAAGCUGUGGAACAUGGAGAUGCAGAGAAAGUGGCAUCACUCUUGGGCAAAAAGGGAGUCAGCUCCACCAAGCAUGACAGUGAGGGCAAGACCGCUUUUCACCUGGCUGCGUCCAAAGGUCAUGGAGAAUGCAUCAGGGUCAUGUUGGCACAUGGUGCGGAUGUAACUUCACAGGAUGGAACAGGGCACAGCGCUUUACAUCUUGCUGCCAAGAACAGCCACCCAGAUUGCAUCAAGAGGCUGCUUCAGGCUAAAUGUCCAACUGAGAACACAGACAACUCUGGGAAAACAGCUUUACAUUAUGCAGCUGCAUGUGGCUGCCUUCACGGAGUUCAGCUCUUGUGUGAACACAAAUGUCCAAUUAACGUCAAAGAUGUGGAUGGGAAUAUUCCUUUGUUACUUACAGUACAAAAUGGGCACACAGAAGCAUGCAAAUACCUUCUGGAACAUGGAGCAGAUAUCAAUUCCAGGGAUAAAAAUGGAAGAACUGCUCUCAUGCUGGCAUGUGAAGCUGGAAAUCUCAACAUUGUGGAAGCCCUGAUCCGAAAAGGCGCGGAUGUACAUUUAGCUGACGCACUUGGACACAAUGCCCUACAUUAUGCCAUGCUCUCUGAAAAUACCAGUGUUCAGAAUCUCCUUCAGUCAAAAAUUGUUCAAGACGCUGAAGCCAAGUCACCAGCAAGGUCAAAACAGCAUGAUCAAGUCUCUAGAUUAAGUUCAGAAAGAAGUGGAACUCCAAAAAAACGCAAAGCCCCACCGCCACCUCCAGUCAGUCCUGUCCAGUUUAGCGACCUGUCCUCUCCGCAUUCAACAACUUCAACUCCAAUUUCUGGGAAAUGCCAGCCGCUGUUUGCUGAGCAGGGAUCCAAGCAGGGAGAAAUCAGUGCCAUUCAGUCCGAUUGCAAGGAUGGGAUAAGUGAUAGCACUGCAGGUGCUGAUAGUUUAUUGGAUCUAAGUUCAGAAACAGACCAGCAAGACCUACUCAUAGUACUACAAGCAAAAAUUGCUUCUUUGACUGUGCAUAACAAGAAACUGCAAGAAAAGUUACAGGCAAGAGGAUUCAAAACAGAAGAUGGGGAUACCACACUGGAUUCUUGUCGGUCCACACGCACAGAGUUUGAUUAUUCUACAGAUGGGUUGAGUGAGAGCUCUGCAGCAGCAACUCAAGAGAUAAACUCCUCUUCCCUGAGCUUAAUGCAGGCUCAGGAAGAAGCAGCCAAUAAUGAAGUAAAAAUUAAACAGCUACAAGACAAUUUAAAGGAAGUCCAGAAGAGACUGGACAGCUCAGAAGUAAAGAGGCGGCACUUGGAGAAUCAACUCCAGUCUGGCGUAGCAGAAGCAGAUCACCUGUUGAAUAGUUCAGAGAUUUCAGAGAAUGGCUCUGAUCUCAAUCAGAAACUGAAAGAAACCCAAAGCAAGUAUGAAGAAGCAAUGAAGGAGGUCCUGAAUGUUCAGAGGCAAAUGAAACUGGGUCUGGUAGCUUCGGAGAGCAAAGAAGCUGAUCUGCAGGAACUCCGAGCGACGUGUGAGGAAAUUGAAGUGUUGAAGGAAGAGUUACUGAAAGCACAGGAAGAAAGCAAUAAGUUGAGAGAGAAAGUGAAAGAGCUAGAGGAAAAGUUGGAAGAGAAAGAAAGGAAUGCAGUGGGCAGCAUGUCGGCAGAAGAGUGUGAGGAGAUGAAGAGUUCCUAUUGCUUGGUUAUUGAGAACAUCAACCAAGAGAAGGCUUUGUUAAUUGAGAGGUACAAGGAAGGACAGGAAGAGAUCAAAAGGCUGCAGGACAAAUUGAAAAGCCAGAUGGAGUCAGGGCAAGGUGAAGAAGAUCCAGAAAUGAGGGAUGCAAAGAACAAGAUAAUAAACGAGCUGAACAAGCAGGUCAGUGAACUUUCUCAGCUAUACAAAGAAGCGCAAACAGAACUUGAAGAGUUCAGGAAAAAGAGUACUUCAGAAGAUGCCAGCCCAGCAUGCAUACCUCUGGAGGAACAUGAGAAGGUGUUGGAGGUCACUGCCUUACAGAGAGAGCAAGCAGAGAGUGCAUUGAUGGAAAUGAAGGCUCAGUAUGCUAAGGUGUUAAGUGAAGCAACACAACUUCAGAACCUGGUAGACUCGCAGAGGAAGAACUCCGUCUCCAUCACAGAGCAUCUCCAGGUGGUCACUGCUCUCAGAAGCUCAGUGAAGGAAAUGGAAGAACAAAUAAACAAUCUCCAAGAGCAGCUUCUUUACAAAGAAAGUGAGGUGCAGCGUCUCCAGAAGGAACUGUUGGAAGAAGAAGAGGCUGUGUGUGAAGCCAUGGUGCCCAGGUCACUCUAUGAAGAGCUUCGGUCUAAGUCAGAGGUGGAAGUCAAGACCAUGACAUCCAAACUGAAGGACAUCAUGAAAGGGAAGGAGAACCUUUCUACAGAUGUAUCACUUUUGAAGAAGGAAAUUCUACAAGUGAAAGGGGAGAAAGAGAAUCUGCGAGCGAUCCUUGACGCCAAGGAACAGGAGAUAAAAGGACUGCUUCAACAAUACCAUCGUGCUCAGGAAGAGCUAUUUGAAAUGAAAAAGGCUUCAGAAAGUUCCUCAAAAAUGGAAGAGGACAAGGAUAAAAAGAUAACUGACAUGUCUAAAGAAGUUAUCAAACUGAAGGAAGCACUGAACAGUCUCUCCCAGCUGUCUUAUGCUUCUGGCACACCGAAAAGGCAAAGCCAGCAGCUGGAGCUGCUACAACAGCAAGUCAAGCAGCUACAAAACCAGCUGGCGGAAACAAAGAAACAACACCAGGAUAUUGUAUCUGUUUACAGGACACAUCUGCUCUAUGCUGUGCAGGGCCAAAUGGAUGAAGAUGUCCAGAAAGUGCUGAAACAGAUUUUAACCAUGUGCAAAACUCAGUCACAAAAGAAAGGUGAAACCGUUUUUGUCGAUCCGUGAUGGUGCUGCUGUAGAGCUUGAGUCUUGCCUUAACAUGAAAUCGGAUGGGCAGCCCCUUUCAGGGAAUCGCCGUGGAUCCCGGCCAAACUUCCCAUUUCCUUUUUAUGUUUUAGGAGCUAACGUGUUGUCGUGUCUUCCCUUACCCCAGUGUUUCCCAGAGCACUGUUUGUGCGUCGUAGAGACAUGCACAGUUCUCCAGAAAUUGCAACUACUUUAAAUCAGGGGUGGUCAAAGUCUGACCUACAGUAUUAGAGAGUGUCUCAGUGCUUCCGUUGGUUAUCACUCUUUGGUGCAAACCAUGGAAGUCCCAGAAUGCAGUGCCCCAUUUUGGAAAAGAAUAUAUCCACCAUUUGAAGGUGAGAAUGUUUCAGAUCUUUGUUAAGAAAGAGGAAGAAGUAAUCUUAUAUAUGUUUUAAGACCCUCAGAUGUCCAUUAUAAUGGUAGGUGCAGCUGAUUCUGAAACCCUUUGGCCUUGUUACACGAAAGGAAGAAAAGCCAGCAUCAUUCGACAAAGCCACCAAUUGGCUAAACCCAGCUAUGCUGUUUUUUAGAAUAUAUUUAACCAAGGCAUGUAUGGAUUACAAAAACGCCAGGCCAGUGGUAUGUACUAAUCACAUAACAUAAAGCAUAGCCAUGUACUAAAACCCAGUGAAUGGUAUCUCUGCUGCAACCUCAGUUUCUUUAUUGAGUAGUAGGUCAAGCUAUCUAUGCAAAUCCUUGCAGUGCUAUUGGCCCUGGAGCUCAGGAGGAAAACAAAAACAAAAAACAAGCCCAUGUUCCAAAUGGUAAACAAGGGAUCCGAAUGAACUCAUGAUGUUUACAGUGAGCACUGUUUGCCUCACAAUUCUGAACCUCACUUUUGUAACAGAUCUUCUCUACAAUAUAUUUUUACUGGCCCUCAAAUUUAGAAAACUUUUUUUGUAACUAAAGCCAUUUGCCGGGUAACAUGGGGUUUUUUCUUUUGUUAUUUUGCAAUAAGCUUCAAUAAGGAAAGGUUUAGGUAGUUGUCCUUUUCCCUGUCUUUCUCCCUUAGUCCUGCUGUAUUGUAAACUGCAGUGGAAGUAUCCCUGGAAAAUGUUAUAUUGAAAUGGUCCAUACAUCCUAGAAUAAAUGAGGAUGAUUAAAUAUUUAGUCUUCUCUCAUUUUUGUUGCCAAAUCUUGUAACAUCUAUACCACAGAGAAGCCUUGGGGUUUUUUUCCCUCUAAGCCACAUUAAAUGUAUGUUAUGCAAGAAUGAUCCUACAAAUUAUAUUUGUGCCUAAAGAUCAUUUAGAACGAACAGCUGGUACAUAGAACUGCAUGAAUGUUACAGACAAACAUGGAAGUGCUCAAUAAUGCCCGAGGGCCCUUCCACACAGCCAUAUAACCCAGAAUAUCAAGGCAGAAAAUCCCACAAUUUCUGCUUUGAACUGGAUUAUCUGAGUCCACACUGCCAUAUAGUCCAGUUCAAAGCAGAUAAUGUAGGAUUUUAUUCAGCUGUGUGGAAGUGGCCUGGGUGUCCCUUUUCAUGCAAGUAAUAUAAAAAAUGUUGUGAACUUAUGCUUUGCUUGGAGAUUUUUCAAUUAAUGGAUUGGGAUUUUGCAGUAGUUUUCCAGCUACAGUGAUGUCUCACAAGGCACCAUGCAAGUUGUAGGCUGCUAUGAGUUCUUCCAGUAGUAUUUCACCUAAAACUAGAAAGCAGCAGACACAGUCCUAUAUUUCAAGAUCUUGAUGGUGGGAGAUCACUUUUGAAAAUAAGAGACCUUUAUUUAAAUCCUCUAAGCAGAAUUCGUAACACCAUCUGUGCACCAAAACAGCUGUCUGUAGUCUGAAUCCAGCUGCCAUUUCCAACCAAAGUCAGACCACUGAAUCAGUCACUUUUAUUUAAGCAUUGAUUACCAUUCAGAAGUUUAUUCAGUGAAUCUACUUUAGUUAGAACUGGCAAUUAGAUUUAGGCUUUCCAUAAGCUAGAACACUCCAGAAGCCUAAAUAAAUUACAUUGUGCCGAAAGGGGAUAACCAUUUGUGAUUGGCAUGCCAAUUCAAUUUAUGCAAUUUUUUAAAAAUCCUAUUGAUGGAGUUACAUUUGCUGCAGUAAUUCUCUAUGUAGUAUGGGGUGCUUAGAGACAGGUAUUUGCCCCAUGCCUCAAGGCUUUGAAAUUUUUCAUGCACUAAAUAUCAGCCCCUCUUUUUACAAUAGCCAAACUUACAUAGAUUUAGAAGUAUAUGACCCAAUCGGUGUAGGAGCAAAUGCAUGAGACCUUGGUUUAACAAAUGCCUGUCAAUUUUGGACAAUAUUUCAUAAUUCCAUACCUUUUUCUAGUGCUCCAAAGAAAUGUGAAAACAUUACAAAAACAAAUUCAGAAAUCUAAAAUAUGCCAAUAAAUGCUGCCAAGAGUAAAACUUAAGGAACUGUUUUGUAGGCUGCCUGACAAACAGCUUUUUACCUUGUUUUGUUACGUGUAUUUAUUGCAAUUAUCUUUGUGAAACAUUGGAAAUUGUAUACUAUAGCAUAGUGAUUGCCCUUUGUAUGUAAUUUUACAAAAGUUACCCUAUUCGCAAAUAAACAGUUUUUUUAAAAAAAA